AUGAUACAGCAAGGGUUGCUUCAAAGGGUUCCUCCUGGUGGAAGCAGAUGGGCUUCACCGCUUGUGGUUGUUAGAAAAACAGACGGAGAUUUACGCAUUUGUGCGGAUUACAAAAUAGGUGUUAACCAAAAAAUAUGCUCAAACUCAUAUCCCAUCCCAAACAUUGAGACCGUAUUUCAUAAAAUGGCAGGGAUGAAAUAUUUUGCUAAAAUUGAUCUCAAAGGAGCUUAUCAUCAAAUUGAGAUGGACAAAGAGGCACAAGAAAUAACAACAGUUAAUACCCCAAUUGGAUUAUUAAGAUGGACCUGUUUACCUUUCGGAAUUAAGACUGCAAGUGCGAUAUUUCAAAGAGCGAUAGAAUCUGUUGUUGGCGAUAAUAUUCCCAAUAUGAUUAUAUUUCAAGACGAUAUAUGUGUCGGUGCUAAAAAUGCUGAAGAACUCAAAUCGAAUUUAAACAAAAUAUUGAGCAAAUUGUAG